AUGGACAAGGUCACGUUCCAACACGAUGUCGAUUAUAACAAUAUGACCAACCCGACAAAAGAUCAAGUAUGGGAAGCAGAUAAAAAAUCAAUGUUGGCAGCAAUGAAUACUACCGAUAAAUACUAUGGUAACAUUGCCACAAUUGUUGGCCUUGGGCUCAAAAACAUAGCAGAACGUACACACGAAGCGAUUACCGGCAGUAACAGCGCAAUAUACCCACAGUGCGGUAGUGAACAACCUGAUCAACAGAACAAGGACAAAGACGCAAAAGGAGCAGAGUCCAAGGGUAAUGCAGAACCACCUGAUACCACAACAAAAUCAACAAAUAACACUGACUCGAGCCGACAAUUGCGUACUGAUCACCAGCACGUCGAUAACGUCGAUAAUAAUUUUUCAACUAGCGGUAAUAAUAUGGAGACACCUACGUCGUCGUCCAAGAGGACUACUGAUUCCCCAGCGGAAUAUUCUUUUAAUAAGAAAUCCAAUAUGGUUUUACCUGAUACUGCUAACGCCACUGCUUCUGACAGUGAUACGGGAAAUCCCAGUGCUGAAAAUGCUGUAUUACCUAGACCCACACACAUUACAACAGGUUAUACUAUGGUAUUCAAAAAAUGUCAUUCAUUUAUAUCAUACGGAUUGGCUUGGAAAAUGUUGGACUUAUCUUCUACAGUAAAAGGAUUGCACGUGGUAACAACGUCGUUGAAUCACAUACCGGUUGAAUAUCCAUUUUUGUAUUUAUCGCCCAGCGAAUACAAGCUAGUGAGUACUACACCGGGUUCGUUGUGUAAACACGUAAAAGUGAAUGUCGUCAUGCGUAAUCCGCGAACGGUCUUCGAGACAAAUGCAACUACGUCUAGUUUGGCUACACUGAAUCAAAAUAAAUUUGCCGUGGUCGCACAUAAUUUAACUAACAUUACUCGGGGUGUGAACUACAAAUACGGUUUUGGAACAACCGAUGCGAUGAAUCCGACUUCGUGUUCCGAUGACAAUAGUAAAUAUUAA